GUGCGGCGGUUAUCUGGCUGUAGGCGAGGAGAGCUAGAAACAGCCGCAGCUCCCCUUGCUGACGGGUUGAUCGAGGGAGUGAAUGUCUUGUGUGUGAGUGUGUGUGUGCAUGUGUGUGUGUGAGUGUGUGUGUGUGUGUGUGUGUGAGUGUAUGUGAGUCUGCGUCUGUGCGCAUGUAGAUGCUGCAUGGGCUGCAACCGGAGCUGCCGCUGGUGGUGAAUAAUGCAGACAGGGGAACGGAGUUUGGAUAGCAUGCAGGGAGCCAGAUUAAUAAUGCACCCUGCCGGGUUACGAGCGCUGCAUUAGUUAGUUUUGCUGGAACCUGUAGCUGCUUACUGCCUGCCUGUCUGCCAGACUCUCUGACUCCCUGGCUUCCUCCCUGCCAGCCUUUCUACCUGACUGACGGACUGUGUGACUUACUCAGAACAUGUCUCACUACCAUUUCAUCAAAUGCUGUUGUUUCCAGCUAUGUAAUGUCUUUCGUCAGAACAUGGAGAUAGACCAGUGUCUGCUGGAGUCUCUCCCCAUUGGCCAGCGCCAGCGGCUGGUUCGAAGGAUGCGCUGCGACCAAAUAAGGGCUUACUACGAGAGAGAAAAGACCCUUCAGCGCCAGCAAGGCGGCAUCAAGGUUCGAGCCCUGCCCGCCCACCGCAAGAAGCACCGAGUCCGCUUCAGCCUUGCCGAUGUCCUGCAGGAUGCCAUCAUCCGCCAUGAUGACAAAGAAGUGUUACGUCUCCUAAAGGAGGGUGCAGACCCCAACACUCUCACUUCCUCUGGGGGAUCCCUGCUACACCUGUGUGCUCGGCACGACAAUGUGUUUGCGGCGGAGCUCCUGAUUGAGCGAGGCCUGAAUGUCAACCUGCAGGAUGAAGAUCUGUGGACAGCCCUGCACGUAGCGUGUGUGUGUGACCACGCAGAUGUGGUGCUGCUGCUGCUGCUGGCCGGGGUGAACGUUCUGCUGCAGGACGUCAACGGAAACAUUCCUCUCGACUACGCCUCUGAAGGGACUGAAACCAGCUACAUCCUCCGAAAACACCUGGAGGAAAACGGUGUGGAUGUGUCAUCCAUGCACACCAUGAAGAUGCAGAGACCGAGCAUGAUGCUCUCUGAUGUUAGACAGCUUAUAGCCACCGGGGGAGGCCUCAAUCAGCCCAGUGAUGAUGGGGUCACUUUGCUCCACAUAGCAUGUGCCAGUGGUUACAGAGAGGUGGUGUCUGUGUUGCUGGAGAGUGGGGCGGACCCUCAUCCUGCUGACAACAACUUCUGGACCCCUCUCCACCUGGCUGCUAAAUAUGGACAGACAAGCAUCGUUAGCCAGCUCUUGAGGCACGGAGUAAACCCGACUCUGUUGAACUGCAACCAAGACAAGCCCUCAGACAUUGCUGCAUCAGAGCCCAUCGUUGAUAUGCUGCUGAAUGCAGAGGAGAGCUGGCUGCAGAGACUAUUGGACCCCUCCGCUCCUCUACCCUCCACUGACCAACGCUAUGAUGGAGGUUCACACGACCUCAACACACCUGUCAAGAACCUGAACCCGUUGGGUCUUCCUAUCUCAAAGCGGGACAGUCUUCUGGAGAAGUGUGCUAUGUUCAGAGAGGCAGGUGGAGUCCUGAGCCGACAGCCCUCCCAAGACAAUGUCCUGGAUGGCCCGUUUAGCUCUGGAGCCAGCAAACUUGAGCAGGUCAAGCUGAUGCCUCCAGCUCCCAACGAUGACCUGGCGUCCCUCAGUGAGCUGACCGACAGCAGCCUGCUCUACGAGAUGCAAAAGCGCUUUGGGAACGACCAAAUCUACACAUACAUCGGACAUAUCCUUCUGCUGGUCAAUCCAAACAAAGAGCUGCCAAUCUACUCCACUCUGGUGAGUCAGCUGUACCUGAGCUCCACAGGUCGUCUGUGCUCCUCUCUGCCACCUCACAUCUUCUCCUCAGCAGAAAGAGCUUAUCACAUGAUGCUGCAGGAGCGACGCCCGCAGUGUUUCAUCCUGAGUGGUGAAAGUGGUUCUGGGAAAACAGAGGCCUGUAAGCACAUAGUGAGACACCUCACAGCCCGCUCCAGCCCAAAAGGCUUCGCAUUGGAGCCCAGAAUGAAACAUGUUAACUGCAUUCUGGAGGCUUUCGGUCAUGCAAAGACUCGGAGGAACAACAACUCAAGCCGCUUUAUCAAACUGUUGACCAUUCAAUACUGUGACAAGAGGAGGACUCUGCUCAGAGCCCGUGUGUACGCCUACAUGCUGGAGAAGUCUCGCCUGGUCCACCUGCAACCUCACCAGCACAGCUUCAGCAUCUUCUACCUGAUGGCUGAAGGCCAGUCGCCUGAGGAAAACAGCACACUUUACCUCAACAAUGUCCUGGCCCAUAGGUAUCUUGGUGGAGGCCUUCAGGGGGAGAACCCUCGAGUCGCUACAGCCUCCACCCGUAGCAGGGAACGCCUCGCAGCAGUUAAACAGGCGCUGCGAGCCCUGGGCUUCAACAAGCAGGAGGUCGACUCAGUGUUUAUGCUGCUAUCUGCUGUGCUCCAUAUUGGGGAUCUACGUUUUACUGCAUUGACAGAUGCCGAUACAGCUUUUCCUUCUGACCUGCAGCUGCUGGAGAGAGUUUCUGGAAUGUUGCAGGUGUGCUCCAAUGACUUAAGCACUGCGCUCACCUCAGAUGUGCAGUACUUCAAAGGUGAUGUGAUCACUCGACGCCACACAGUGGAGAUGUCAGAGCAGUACAGAGACCAACUCGCGAAGGCCAUCUACGGACGGCUCUUCAGCCAUCUCGUCAACAGCAGCAACGACUACCUGCAAGGCCAUGAUGACAGCAUUGGUGAUCCUGCCCUGGAAAUUGGGAUCUUGGACAUCUUUGGCUUUCAAGAAUUUCAGAGGAAUGGAUAUGAGCAGCUGUGCGUGAACAUGACCAAUGAGCGGCUGAGGCAGUACGUCUCCGAGGUGCUUUUCCAGCAGGAGCAGGCUGAGUGUCUGCAGGAGGGCAUCGCCAUGGAGACCCCACGCUCCCCCACCAACCAGCCAGGCGUCCUGGACUUCUUUCUUCAGAAGCCUCAGGGCCUGCUGUGUGUGUUAGAUGAGGAGAGCCAGAGCCUGCGGCCAGCAGAGCAGACCCUAUACAAGAGGCUGUCAACGCAGCUGGACUCCAAUCCAACUCAUGGCCUCUCUCUCACAACCAAGGAUGGCAACGGAAACCCCCCUCCGAAAGACCAGGGCCCAGCCUUCACUGUCUGCCACUAUGCCGGACAGAUUUCAUACGACCUCACGGGAUCGCUCACAAGAAACAAGGACUCCCUUCCUCAGAAUCUCCUGUUUACGAUGAAGUCCAGCGAGAGUGUGUUACUGCAGCAACUCUUCCAGUCCAAGCUGACUCAGACUGGUUCCCUGGUGCCAGCAGCUCAGGGCCGUGCCGGGCUGAGGGGGCCUAAGGCUGCCUUGUUGCUCCACAGGAUGCCGUCAGCCUCUCUUGUCACUGCCAACACUGUCUCCCAACAGCCCCGGAGGUACCAUGACCUUACCAAGAUCCUGAAGAAGAAAGGUUCGAGCUCCUUCCUCCAACAGCUAGAGCGUUGUGGGCCCAUCACAGUGGCUGUCCAGCUGAGGAACUCGCUGUCGGAGGUGAUCAGUAAGCUGCAGGCCUGCAGUCCUCACUUUGUGGAGUGCGUGCGCCCCAACGCCUGCGGCCAGCCAGACAGUUUUGACAGCUUCCAUGUGUCAGCCCAGCUGCAGUACAUCGGGGUGCUUGAGAUGGUGCGCAUGAUCCGUUAUGGAUACCCUGUCCGCCUGUCCUUCCCAGGCUUCCUCAGCAGAUAUAAACACCUCGUCAUCCCAGCCUUGGGAGACAAGAAGAAAUUGUCAGCAGAGGAGAGAUGUCGCUCAGUUCUGCAACAGUCCAAACUCCAAGGAUGGCAGAUGGGCAGCAGUAAAGUGUUUCUGAGGUACUGGCAGGCUGACCAGCUCAACGACCGCUGUUACCAGCUUCAUAAAAAGAUCAUCACCUGUCAGAAAGUGGUGCGUGGUUGGCUGGCGAGACAGCGCCUUCAUCACAGGCUGUCAUCGCAGCAGAAAGAGGAGUGCAGUGUCCAGCGUUUCCUGCAGGGGGCAGAAGACAUGGGGCUGCGGACCUACGACCAGUUGGUCAUCCAAAAUGCAUCCGAUAUCGCCCGAGAGAGCGACCGCCUGCGAUGUCACAGCAACAGCCUCCUCAACACCCUCGGCAACAGCCCACCGCUUGGUGAGAGGCCUGAGCCGGUGGGCAAGGAGGAGGAUCAGCCUGCCAGGAGGGUUCUGGAGAAGAGUGGGAAAGUCUACGAGGGCUCUGUCAAUGGGGGAAGUCGAGUUAUUCGACACUUUAGGUCGAGCUCAGUACCCAUCCCCCUGGCAAUGGAAAACAUGGUCCAUUCCUCCGCCAGUCCAUCCAUCAAACCAGCCCUACAGCAGGUAGCUUAUACCAAUGAGGACGGGGCAGGCGGGGGAGGUCUUUCCUCUCCCCGAAAGCAACCUCCUCCCAAACCAAAGAGGGACCCCAACACUCGUCUGAGUGCAUCUUACGAAGCAGUUAGUGCUGGGCUGACCAUGGCUGCCAAAGAGAGCCCCACUCCAGAGGGAUAUGGUUCACCAGCUGGAAGCCCUCCUAAAUCCCAGCUGUCCCCCACAGACCCUGCAGCCAAGCCCCGUCCCCACAGCGAUGACUACACAACCAUGAGGAAAGUGCCACCCCCAAAACCUAAGCGUAGUCCCAAUACCAAGCUGACAGGCUCAUAUGAGGAGAUCAAUGCAGUAACACCCCACAUCCACCAGCUGCGCCCUGCUGAUGUAAAGCUUGCCUUGCUGUCCCGUGCAGGAGGGUUUGGAGGUUUCGGUGGUCUCAUGCAGAAAGCGGCCUCCUUAGAUGCACCUCAUGGGGUAGGACUGAGCCUGUUCCAGGGCCAAGGCGAGGAGGACGUGUACAUAGAGAUGUUGGGCUCCCAGCCACGGGCUCGGAGUCUCCAGGAGCCCCCUGACAGCCCAGACCUGGCCGAUUCCGAAGCCGUCUACGAGGAAAUGAAGUAUUUUCCUCCAGAAGACGGUGGAACUCCUGCAGCUGUGGUGACCAAGACAGCCAAAUUAGAGGCUCUAGGUUUGGGCCUGGUGGGAUUAGGGUCAUCACCUCCUCAGAGUGGGGAGAACAAACGGAUGGCAGCAGGGGUGAGUGCUGCCCUGGACAUCACUCACUCACAGACCACAUUCAACAGUGGAACUGCUAGAACUCCACAUGGCAAAGACGGAGGCUGUGACAUCCCUGCUCCCUUCCCCAACUUGCUUCCCCACCGUCCACCCCUCCUGGUGUUCCCCCCCUCCCCCGUCACCUGCUCUCCUGCUUCAGAUGAGUCACCGCUCACCCCACUAGAGGUAAAGAAGCUACCUGUGUUUGAGACAAACCUGAACUAUGCUACUGGCCCAGACAGCCCCCUGUCCCCACAGUAUGCCCGCCAGAGGGCCGACUCCUCCCCUAGCCUUACUGUCCUCAUGCCGGAGAAGAAGUCCACACCUCCACUCACCCCUCCACCUCCACCUCCUCCGCCCAAUGCCCCACCUCCCCCCUACAGGCCUCCUUCACACUUCCCCUUCCCGCCCGAGGCCAACUUUCUGUCUCUGACGCGAGCAGCGUCCGUCACAGGAGGCUCAGACUCCCCCAAAACCUCGUCCUCUCAACGGGCGAGUGGGGAACCAUUGGGGAAGCCACCUCCAUACUCCCCAGUGAAAAUGUCUCGCCCUGAGCCCCGGAGAGCACACUCGUGCUCCUCCUCUCCUUUGCUGUUCAACCCAGCCAAUGGCAGACCACUGACCAGCCCGCUGGAUGAGCUCAACACUCUGUUCAGCUCCGGACGCAGCCUGCUGAGGAAGUCCACAUCUGGCCGCAAGAUGAGAGAUGGAGGAUUCAAUUCUAAUAUCAAUCUGCCAGGGAGAGAUGAAUGUGGCUCUGCCCCCACCUCACCAUCUGUACAGCUUCAGGACAAGAAUGCCAACAACCACGCUCCUCACUGCCCGAGCCCCGCCCCCAUGGAGAACGGCAACCAGAUCCCCAAUGGGUCGUUGGAAGAUGAGAGUCACAGCAAGUCAAACUCCACAAGCUCCACCUCUCUGCACAGACACAUGGACAGCCAUCAUACUCAGGUGCUCCAGCGCUUACGUCUGUCCAACGUGCACGAGAGCACGGCCCUCGGGGAGCUCCUGCGAUGGAGGCGAGCGCAGUGUGAGGGGCGGGGCGACUGGAAGCACCCCCAGCCUCAGUCUCCACCCCUGCCCCCCACGCUGCUCUGGACCAACAGGAAGGCCUCUCCGUGAUGGAGGGUGUGUGACGCAGACACAUGUAUGGGAUACGAAGUUCGUCUUUCUCCCGCUCUACAGACACACUUGCUCUUUUUUUUCUUUUUCUUCUUUUUCCUUUUUUUUUAAUGUGGACCAAGUAACCUCAACAGCCAGGGGCGAGGUUAAAUCUCUGGUCCCCAGAGCGUGAGCCUCGCCCCUUGGCUGAAGGUCCUGCCUCGCAUCUUUGACCGCGACUGUGGAGGAUUUUUCCUUUUUUUUUUUUUUUUUUUGUGAUGGAAGAUUUUAUUAACAGACAGAAAAAAAUAUUAAGAUCACUUUAUAUUUAUUUUCAGUUUCUCUUGAGACGAAGAGCAGUGUUUUCACGGUAGCCCAAUAAUAAAUGGCCCCUUUAGUCCAUCUGUGUCUUCACCUAUCAUCGUUGUUCUGCUGCACACAAAGGAGCUCCACACCAAACCAUGGUGCUGAUUAUACUUGACUUGCUGUCCUGCGAUGUUCCCAUGAGUGCUUGUGCAAACCCCCCCACCCACCCUUCAGCCCCAAGUCUCAGACCUCUCUGAAGUUUACAAGUUGACCGACGCCUUCGGACACCUCCAGCAACAGUGUACUGGCUUAAGUGCUACUGCAAGCCCUGGCAACGAGAGACCAGGGGUCAGGGUAACCUCAGAGUAAUAUCCCAAGGUGCACUUCUCUUCCCCAUUGUUACCACCAACCUUUGAGGGAAUAAAAAAAAAACUCUGGCCAAAAUGCAAACUACUGCACAAACCUUUACGAGGAAAAGGGGGAACCAACGAAAAAAAAAAACCUGCUUUGGUUUAAGGUGUAAAGAUAGCUGACAGGUAAAUAGCUCAUGUUGUGAACAUGACACUCUGUGCCAAAGUGACACAACUUGUGAAAGAUAUGUCUCAACUAUAAAAAAAAAAAAUGGAUGUAAACUGAAGUCCCCAUGUGUACAGACUGGCAUAAAUGACCAAAUCAAAGCUGUUACUGCAGUUUAGAAGUGAUUCACUUUCUAAAUAGAUCAAAAGAACAUGUCAAAAGAGGAAAAAGACGUCUAUACUUGAAAAGUAGCGACUUAUUUCCCCUUGUUCAGUGUCGUUCAGGAGACUGUGCAGAGCUCAGGAACUCACGCACAGAUGAACUCACUUCUUGUACAGAUUCCUCCACUGUAGGUGUGUCCGCACACCUGACCUUCCCCAUGUCCUCCCUUCAUCUCCUUUCCCCACCCGACUCCUUUCUCCUCAGUCUCUGACCCUGCCCCCACCCUCCUGAUGGAUCAAACCGGCUCUACGGGUGUCUCCAUUGUAACCGCUCUGUAAAUAGUGACCAGUGUUGUACGUUCUAGCUUUGACUCGAGCAGAGGAGCACACAGAUUGAAUUGGAAGACAAGAAAGAGGUGAGAUAAUACUGUCUAUGAUGGUGAAACUGAGAUUUAAGAAUGUCUUGGGUUAGAUGCAAUGAGGAAAAGAGAAGAGGUUUAUUUUAAAAUGUGAAUAUGUUUUGUUUUUUUUCAGAAUGAUUGUCUAUGGCUACGAAAUCCUUUAUACUCUAUUUAAUAAUAUUUGUUUUCCUCCCCCUUGAGCCUGUCGUUCUCUUCCUAUGAUGCAAGGCAGAUGUUUUCAUUGUAUAUGGAUGUUUUAUUGCACAAAUAUUUAUGUGGUGUCGUGUUGACUUCUGUAAUGGGCUGGGUGUGUCCCGACAAGCUGUUUGAUCUUUGAAGAUCGGCCCGAAUUGUUAGAGCCACGAAGUAUCAAUAGCUCUAAUUGAUUUCUCAUUCCCACUGAUCACCCACAAUGUGUCCGAUUGAUUCAGCCUUACGAAUUAGCAGCGCCAUCACAGGAUCGAUCUCAGCUGCUGUCGGAGCGUGGAGGCGCACAAAUAUCCAGGAGGAAUUAGCGGAGGCCACUGACGGCAAAUCAGCUGAGCUGCAUUUUUUUUGACUGACUGACUGACUGACUGACUGACUGACUGACUGGCUGAAUGUAUAAAAAUUUUCUUUCACUGCCUGUGCACAUCAAUGAAACCCUGUGUAUCUUAUUACUGGAACACGCACCUGUAUCUUAACAGUGUACCUGACUGCUUGAUGUGAUUAUCGUCUGCAGAAGUUAUGUAUGCAGUUCAUUUCUUUCUAUGUGAGUUAAUAACAAUGCAGAAUGUCUGAUGAGGUAUUAAUGUGCUCCACGCUUCACAUCUGCUGUGAUAGAGGUUGCAUGAGUAAUAAUGCACUGCAGAGCUGUGUCAACCAUUUUCAUCAUGCUGUGAUCGAGCUCAUUCACACAAGGAUUCAAACCGAGAUCAAGCUAGUCAACCUCGCCAAUGCCAAUGAAAGAGAGUCUACAGCCUCUGUAUUGGUCCUUCAUUAUGAUCAGGGUUGUGGUUAGCCGUGUGCAUUAUGGUUUUCUAAGAUUAUUUUGGUGGGUUUCAUCUUUUCAAGCAUAUUAAUGCUUUUUCCUUGCAUGAUCACAUGUUGGGCCUGCCUCCUGAAAACGUGCUCAUGCUGAAAAGAUUUUAAAAAAAAAAUAAAUAUGUAAUGUGAAGAACUGCUUCCCACUGCACUGUGAAUCACUACAUUGUCCCCCGUCUGUCAUUUAAGCACUUGUCAUCCACCUUUAAGUGGACCACACAUAUCAUCUACGUCAUACACGCUCCCCGAUAACCUAGCUCAGUCCGUCGGAAGCGUUACCAAGCUCAGAUUACUGUCAGUCAUCCUCUGCUCUGAGAUCAGCUCUCUGGUGCUACAGCCAGUGAAGAAUGGCCAUUUUUGUUGUCCCCAGUCCAUGUAUAGUUGUCCAGUGAGACAUGAUGUUUUAGCACCUGAACAGGUGUAUCUCACUGCCUUUCAUAUUUUUUUUUUUUUUUAAUUGUAGUCUUGCUUUUGUACAUGACAUACAGUAUAUUUUAACCUGCAUACAUAUGUGUUUGUGGAAAGAAAAAAAAAAGAUUGUAUGUGAUAUUUCAUAAUUAUUAUCUUCCCAAUGUUUUAUAAGUACUGUACCUGUACAGCAAUAAAGCACAAUUGUGUCAAUGCCA